UCGAAGGGGCAUGGCAAAUAACCUGGCGGAAGGGGUUUGAGUUUGCAGACCCGGAACGAGAUGACGUAACGACAGAGAAGUAGGCAAGUAUGGCAACGGAGGACGAGACGGGUAAUCAUGAAAACGAGGGAGGACCAGGCUUAGGAGGCAGUGCUGAGCAAAGCAAGGAAGGGCAGAAGGACAGGGAAUCAGCAAAUCCGGAUGGCACCAAAGGGAACCGGAAGAAAAUGUCCUCCGGAGAGAGCUCGGGAAAAGUCGGGGGAAGCAGACAGGGGACCCAGGAAAACAAGGAAGGCAGGAAUAAGGAUAGGGGGAGCCCUGGGAACUCGGAGGGAGCUGUGUCUAAGAAAGUAAGGGUCACGGACGCGAGGCGCAAACUAGCAGAAAUAGAUAAAAGGACCGCGGAAUACAAGGCAAGGUUAAUUGAGGCAAUGAUGAUUGGGAACACGGAAGGCUGUCUGCAGGAGGUACCGCGGGACGAACGGAAAACCAGCCAGGGCGGAAUUGGGCAAGGGGACAAGGAUAGUGACCGUGGGGGAACGCCGAGCAAAAGAAGGAAAGAGAGAGAGAACUCGCCGGGAAUGGAGGCAGAGAAGGCGACGAACCCCUUAGCCACAUACAGUAGGGCUAUCGGUCUGCCGACCUCGCCAGCGGUAUCGCGGGGAUGCGAAGGCUCUGAAGGGCUCUGGAGCCUCAGAGAAAGGGAGUUGGGUUGGUUCGACCCGGAAGGAACGGCAAAGACUAGAGGGGGGCAGAAAGCCAGCAAGGAAGGGGUAGAUACCAGCAUGGCAGGCGAGGCCAGUAGCUCCGAAGGUGGCCUUAGGAAGAUAGUAUCAUCCCUCACACGAGGACUGAACAAGAACCAAGGCUAUUUGGCAGACGUCAAGAAAAAGUUAACUUUCGAUGGAGCAAACAUCACGGAGUUCCUGAUCGACUACGAGAACCUAGUUGCGUUACUAAAGUGGACCGAGGAGGAAAAGAUGGACCAUCUAGGACAGCAUGUGUCGUUAAGCCUAGGACGGGACAUAAUGGCCAUUGUAGCCGCAACCCGGUCUUGGGAGAAGACCCGGGAUGUGAUGAUGAGGAAGUACCUAGCGGCAGAGAAAAUGGCAACGGAGGCCGACCUAGCGGCAGUUCAGAGGAAGAACUUCGCAACGUACAAUGAUUUCCUACGGGAAUUUACUCUAGUAGCACUAAGGAUCCCCGGGGUCACGGACCGGAUAAUGAGCAAAUAUUUCCUCAGGCAGUUCUCCGAAUUCGACAAAGACAAGAUCAUGUCAGCUUACCAACAGACGAGCAAAUUCGUAAACACGCGGGAUGUUGAUUUUAGCACGGUAACAGAUCUGACUGAGAAAACGGUAGUAACAGAAACGUUGGCCUUGCUCAAGGAAGGGGAGAGCAUAGAUCUGACAGCCGGAAGCCGGAUCCAAAAGACCGACAAGAUAUCACAGUGGCCGACACCGCUGCGCACGACAACGGAGGUAAGGGCAUUCCUAGGCGUAGUCGACUUUUGGAGGAUCUUCAUUAAGAACUUUGCCAAGAUUGCUGAGACAGUUGCCCUGUCCGCGCCUUGUUUUAAUGACGAAGUAGGACGACCCUUCAUCCUAGAGACGGAUGGAGGACCUUUGGCCAUGGGAGGUGUGUUGAUUCAAAGGGAUGAGGGAGGAAAAGAGAGAUCGAUAAGGUUCGAAAGUAGAACCCUGAACUCCGCAGAACGGCAGUACUCGCAAUUCAAGAAGGAAGUUUUAGUCAUCCUGCAUUGCCUUAAGACCUUCCAGGCCUACCUAUUUGGGAGGCGGUUCAUCUUAACGAUCGAUCCGACGAAUGUCGCAGGGGCUCUAAAGAAUUACAGGCCUAUAGAUUCGACGGUGAGAUGGGUAGGAUUCAUCUGGCAGUUCGAUUACAAGAUUGAACGGAUUGUUGGAAUCCGCAACAAGGCAGAGGGGCUGAGUCGGGUUUGCAUCACGCCCGAAGAGAUGGAGGAUGCAGAGCCCAUAGACGCAAUUCUCGAAUACGAAGGAGGGACUCUCACGGUGGAUAACGAAAUGAUGAGCAAGGAAUGCAUAUCGAGAGAGCUAUUGAUCCAGACUUUGGAGAAGAGGGCACCUGCCAUAGUGGCAGAGCUUAGAGAAGGAUCAGUUACCACUCGAGGACGCAGAGAAGAAAAUGGCUCAUGGGGAGCGAUAGUAGGACCGAAAGAGGAACUAAUGGCAAUGGCGGUCGAGGGAGGCCGGGAAGCAGUAAUGAGCUUAGUGGAAUCUUGGAAAAGGAAGGAGUUGCAAUGGGUGGUAAACCAGAUGCAAGAAGGAAAGGAUGGGGGCAAGGAAGGAGAGGAGUUUUUCUGUGUCCAACCAUACGAAGGGCUCUUUCGGGCGAUCGGACUAUUGUUGGUCGGAAACAAACAACCUACGGAAGUCGGUAUUAAAGCAAGAGAGGAAGCCAAAAGGUAUAUCCUGGAUGCGCGAGACAACCUGAGCGGGUUCGUGAAGGCAGUCGCCCUCAAGAAAAAGACAGGGAGGAGUGUGACGGACUUGAUAGAAGACUUCUACUUGAGGCAUCCGUUCGUCAGGAGGCUUAUAGCAGACAAUGAGACGGAGAUUGUGAACUAAGAAGUAUUGGGGAUGCUUAAGAGACUUUGUAUACCGAUCAAACUCAUCGAG